CAAAAUAUACGGCACAAAUUGCCGCGCGAUUUUUUAUUCUCCAUCUGCACAUUCGUUUCAUUGUUGUUCAGACAUUGAUCUAGCUGGGUUAUCUAUGUUUUUGCUGUGUAAAACCGCGAGUGUUGCUGAACAUUUUCGUUAUUUGUUUGCGAACAUUUGACGGUAAACAUUGAUCGAGCCCCACAGUUUCUCCGACUAUUUUAAUAUUGCGACGGCGGAUAGUUGUGAAUGACAAAAUGCUGUUAACGUAAUUUGGCGACUUGGCACUAAUGCUUAAUAUCCUGUGUUAGAUCGCAAAAUAUCUCAGAUUCAAGCAGGAAUAGUGAAAAAAUGGCAUUAAAUGAAGAAGAAAUCAAGUCCACUGAGUGCGUUUUAUCUGCAGAAUGCAACGUUAUUGUCGAACAAGAUGAAACUAUCUUAGUGGUACCUUCAAGGAAAGUGUGGCUUCAAAACGUACUCUACACAUUCACCAAUCAUCUAGUUCCUGCCCUAGCAGCAUUUCUAGCUAAUAGUUUGUCGAAAUCAUUGGCACCUCUUCAAAGAAUUCCGCUUAACUUACCAUCUGGAGUGGUAAGAAAGCGAUUUCGACGAGUAAGUCGAUCGCGGCUGGCCUUAGCCGAUGGUUUAGACGAAAGUCGCAUCGAAGAAGGAAGCGACAGUGAAAAAAUGAACGAAUCACCGGAACGAUGUGUGAAUUGUACAGUAAUGCAUGAGCCAGAAGGAGAAAUAUUUGCUGAUGUUAUAUUUGUUCAUGGAUUGCAUGGUGGUUUAGAUCGGACAUGGAGACAAGGAACAUGGCGAGUAAAAAACCCCAAACUGAAAAACUUGAGUCCAAUCAGAAGACAUUCCACUGACGAUAUGUACGUUCCAGUCCCAGAGAAUUUUUCAAGUAAGAAUGUGGGUGAUGAAGGAAGACUCAAGCGAACACUCACGAAAAUUUACACGACCAUACCGGUGAAAGUAGCCAGAACCAAAGACGCAAAUGCAAACGACAAUGUGGAUGAAGUGGAUGAAACAGAGCAAGUAGAGGAAGAAAUUGAAUUCGAAGAUCAGGAAACAAAUGUGGAUAAUUUCAGCAGAUGUUGGCCGCAAGAUUGGUUGCCUCAAGAUUGUCCAGGGGUGAGGAUUUUGGGCAUAAACUAUACAACGGAUGUUCUGUGGAGGCCACUAUGGCAGAAAAGAAAACCCAGAACCAGUCUUCCUCAACGAAGUAACGAAAUGAUGGAAGAUCUGCUCAGAUUAGGAGUGGGCUGCAGACCAAUAGUGUGGGUGGGCCACUCAAAAGGUGGAUUGUAUAUUAAACAAAUAAUCCUCAACGGAUGGCAUGCUAAGGAUAACCAGACUGUUCAAAAUCUCUACCAUCAAACCAAAGCUAUAAUGUUCUAUAGUGUGCCUCAUAAAGGCUCUCCAAUUGCAGACAUGACUUUUCCUUUCUUCAGACGAAGUAUUGAAGUUAUGGAAAUCCGGACAAACUGUGACUUCGUUCUCAACUUACAUCGAAGUUUUCUUGAAAUAUUCAACAGUGAGGAACAGGACAAAAAACCGGAAAUUUUCAGUUUUAUAGACACUGAAAAUACGCCCGUAGGAUUUACUUCUCUAAAAUUCAUCGCUUACGAAUCGGCCGAUCCAGAUAUUGGCAUCAAAUGCGACGUGCCUCUGGAUCAUAGAGAAAUUUGCAAACCCGCUGGAAGAGAUUGCUUUCUUUACCUUGAAUUAGUGAAAAUGAUCAACAAGUCCAUUUUUCAAAAGGAAGCUUAGCAAGGUUACGUUUCCGAAAAUUGCUGUUUUUUGACAAUUUUUUUUGUCAGCCAGGGCCAAUUUUUAUUAUUUAAUACAUCGCAUCUUGCAUUCUGUGCUCCAAUAGCAUUAUAUUUAAGGUAGUCUUUCAAGUAUAUACAAUUUUUAAUUAUUAAGUAGAUUUCAAGGCGGUUUUACUAAAGAAAAUUGCAUGUUUCUGUGGAACUCAAUUAUACAAUCAGUAUAAUAAUAUUAAAUUAUACCCUAAUACUACCCCAAAAUUAUAUAGCAACCAAUAAAAUUGAAUCGUACAAUGAACGUGUAUAUUGAAAAUUCAAGUUACUUAUCGACUGUGAUGCAAGCACCAAGGUUUAUAUAUUUAGUUAAUAAUAACCAUUACGAAAUAUAGACAUAUUUAUGAUGAUAAAAAUAAAAUCAAUAUGUGAUGUUAUUAGUGAUUUAGAUGUAGUACGUUGCACAGAAUUUUGUUAUUAGUUACGAAUAAUUUUAAUAGACCUGAAGUGAAUUAAGUCAGAAAUGUUUGAGGAAAAUACCGGAAAAUAUAAAAUAACAGUUUGAAAAUAUUAAAAGCAAACUUUUUAUUUUCAUCUUCGAAGAGAAAUCAUGGUUAAAAAGUUUAACAUUAAUUUUUAAAUAAGUUAAUAAAUGUAUUGUAUUGUUAAAUUUUAAUUUUAUAUAUUCUAGAGUUAUUCUACACAUUUAUUGUGGAAGUUACCAAAUACAAAUGUACAGUAAAAAAAACCAUCAAAAUAAGGGUUAUUUUGCAAAAAUUGUCAAUUAAGAGUUAAAAUGUAUAGAAAUUAUUUCUUGUUCCUUCAUAUUUUAAGUAAACCCUACUUUCAUUUCAAUCUAUUUCACAUAAGCCAAACCUGAAAAAAGAAUAGAAAUUCAUCAGAAUUAAGUAUAAUACAAAAGUUAACCAUAUACAUAUGAACACAGUAUUGUUGAAUUUUCUAAUUUAUUUCGCAAAAGGCACAGUAGAAAUACCAAACCAUUUCUUCAUAAAAAAACAAGUAUUUAACUCUUACAACUUGGAAGUGAAAAAUCUGGAAAUGAAAGCCCAAUAAUUAUUACACCGAGUAUUAUUUAAACAGGCAAGCCAGUCCGUUACUGUGAUUUCCGAUGCGGAAAAGUCCAGAUUCAAAAACCGUCUGUGAUAAUGCUUCACCAAACUUACGCAAAAUGUUUAAAGUAAAUUCUGUUUAUUAUUAUCAGUAUUAUUAAAAUUUAACCAAACCAAAAAGCUCUUGUUGCUUACCAAUUUCAUGAAUGAAAGUGUCUCGUUCACAAGUUCGACUAAUCGAAAUCGUUCGAAAAUAUUUUUAUGAAUAUUUAGUCGUUAUUUUAUGGAAUUCAGCUAUGCCGAAGAAUUCGAAGUGGGCACAUUUAAGAAUAGCAAUUACUAGUCUUAGAAAUGUUUGUACAUACAUAUUUGUAAGGUUACAAAAACGACAAUAAAAAUAAACCGAUUUGCUUUGAUUGAAAUUAAACAAUGUUGCAUAUGA